AUCAUGUUUACAAAGUAAUAAAAGUUUAUUUAUUAUACUCCUCAGGUCAUUGAAAGUCUCCUGCACCACUGGGCCAUUCGGCUGAAUCUGGGGAAUAAUAUCUACAUUAUGAACCACUACACGAGCGGUGUGAUCCUCUAUGGAGAGAGAGAACUAAUCAGGAGACAAAGCUUGUCCAAGUACAUAAAUGCAGAUGACAGCUGUCUGUAUUUGGUCGAUCCUUCAAGAAACUCUUUGGAGCAGGAAGAGUCUGACCGUGCAGCCAAAAGAUUCCGUGAAUACUUCAAAAUGAGAAGGACAUGCUACAACAAAACAGACUGGGUAAAUGUGAGACUUCGAGGAGGAGUACUGACACAUCCAUUUCAACGUGAUGGUUCUAGCUGCGGAGUAAUGGUCAUCAUGAUGGCCAAAGCAGUAAUGGAAGCAUUCCCAAAUAAACCAGAAAUGACAUUUUUUGACGACAAAAAAGAGAUGGCCCAGGCACGAAGGACAUUUGCACAGACAAUACUUAAGGCCUCAGUAUUUGACAGUGACACCAACUGUGCCAUGUGUGCAACAGCGAAACCACCCAAUCCAGGACCCUCCAUCACUGACUGGAUCCAGUGUGAUAACUGCAACUGCUGGUUCCAUUCUGAAUGCCUGGACAUGACAAAUGAACAGCUCAGCAGCGCUCAGAAGACAGAGUGGAAGUGUGUGCUUUGUGUAACCUAAUUCCACAUGCAGUGAAAGCUACUAGAAUAAUCUGCUUAUAGUUAUUAUUGGUGUUUUGAGGAACACAUGUGUAUAACACAAUAUGUAUAACAUUCUUGCUUUGAGCACGUAUUUUAAGUAUUUCCUUUUUGAUUUUUUGGGUUGAUUUGUGUGAUGACAGAUAAUGAAUAAUAAUAUAUCAAAAAUGUAUAAUAGUAAUCUGAGAAAUCUGUAAUAUGAGAAAUGUAAUUUCUCACCCCAACCGGUCACAGCAGAUGGCCGCUCCUCCCUGAGCCUGGUUCUGCUGGAGGUUUCUUCCUGUUAGAAGGGAGUUUUUCCUUCCCACUGUCGCCAAAGUGCU